AUGAGUCAUCCAGCUGAUGAAAAUGUUGAAACAAAAGAGAUGGAUGGCAGAAGUUUGUCUUCAAAUGGACAGGAACCAUACGUGCACAAGGUUGGAAUUCCUCCAAAACAAAGCUUCUUCAAGGAAUUCCUAUACACCGUAAAAGAAACAUUCUUCUCAGACGAUCCUCUACGGCCUUUCAAGGAUCAGACAAAGUCCCGGAAGUUCGUUCUGGGAAUUGAAGCCAUAUUCCCUAUACUUAGUUGGGGAAGAACUUAUAACCUUCAAAAAUUUAGAGGGGAUCUUAUUGCCGGUUUAACUAUUGCGAGUCUCUGCAUUCCUCAGGACAUUGGAUACUCAAAGCUUGCUAAUUUGUCUCCACAGUAUGGACUUUACUCCAGCUUUGUUCCACCACUGAUUUAUGCGGUUAUGGGUAGUUCACGCGAUAUUGCAAUAGGACCAGUAGCGGUGAUUUCUCUCUUGUUAGGGACUUUACUUCAAAAUGAGAUUGAUCCCAAAACAAAUCCUACAGAGUAUAGAAGACUCGCUUUUACUGCGACGUUUUUUGCUGGGAUUACGCAGGCAACUCUUGGCAUUUUUAGGUUAGGAUUUUUGAUUGAUUUUCUAUCGCAUGCUGCAAUUGUUGGUUUUAUGGGGGGAGCAGCCAUCACAAUUGCUCUUCAACAGCUUAAGGGUUUCCUUGGGAUUGAAAAGUUCACAAGGAAAACCGAUGUAAUCUCUGUGAUGCAUUCAGUGUUCUCAUCAGCCCAUCAUGGAUGGAAUUGGCAAACUAUAUUAAUUGGAGCUACCUUUCUUUGUUUUCUUCUGUUUGCCAAGCAUAUUGGAAAGAAGGGCCAAAAAUACUUCUGGGUGCCGGCAAUUGCUCCAUUGGUAUCUGUUGUACUCUCAACUUUUUUCGUUUACAUAACCCGAGCAGACAAGCAUGGUGUUGCGAUUGUAAACCAUAUAGAGAAAGGGAUCAAUCCUUCAUCUGUGAAGGAAAUUUAUUUUACCGGUGACUACCUUGCGAAAGGUGUUAGAAUUGGCAUUGUGGCUGGCAUGAUAGCUUUGACUGAAGCCAUAGCAAUUGGAAGAACAUUUGCUUCUAUGAAGGACUAUCAGGUGGAUGGAAACAAAGAAAUGGUGGCAUUAGGAGCUAUGAAUGUCGUUGGUUCAAUGACUUCCUGUUAUGUAGCAACUGGUUCUUUCUCCCGGUCAGCAGUAAAUUACAUGUCCGGCUGUGAAACUGCGGUCUCUAAUAUUGUCAUGUCUGUUGUUGUGUUCUUAACCCUCCAAUUCAUCACACCUCUUUUCAAAUACACUCCAAAUGCCAUUCUUGCUUCAAUUAUCAUUUGUGCCGUCAUCAACCUUGUAGACUAUAAGGCAGCUAUUUUGAUAUGGAAAAUUGAUAAAUUUGACUUUGUUGCCUGCAUGGGAGCAUUUUUCGGGGUCGUUUUUGCCUCGGUUGAGAUAGGACUUUUGAUUGCUGUUUCUAUAUCCUUUGCAAAGAUCCUAUUGCAAGUCACGAGGCCUCGAACGGCUAUUCUAGGGAAGAUCCCUAGGACAACUGUGUAUAGAAACAUCCAGCAAUAUCCAGAGGCCACAAGUGUUCCUGGUGUAUUGAUUAUAAGAGUUGAUUCUGCAAUAUAUUUUUCCAACUCCAAUUAUGUUAAAGAAAGGAUAUUAAGAUGGCUGAUGGACGAGGAAGAACGAGUGAAAAGAGAGUACCAAACACGAAUCCAGUUUUUGAUAGUUGAGAUGUCACCUGUUACUGAUAUUGAUACCAGUGGCAUCCAUGCCCUGGAAGAGUUAUUUAGGAGUCUUCAGAAGAGAGAAGUUCAGCUUGUUUUGGCGAAUCCCGGUCCAUUAGUGAUAGACAAACUCCACACGUCCAACUUUGCAAAUUUUCUUGGUGAAGACAAGAUCUUCCUCACAGUCGCAGAGGCUGUUGCAUACUGUUCUCCAAAGCUGGCUGAAGAACCCUGA